AACGCAUGCUAAUAUGUAUAACGCAACACGGAAUGCAGACAAGAUGUUCACUAGUCUAGAUCGACAACUAUGAUUCUACACCGUGGGGAAAAGAAGUACAUGCAAUGAAUGGAACUUCCGUUAAUUCUUUCGGCACUGCUCCUACAAUCAAAUUCAACCGAUGUUCUGUCUGCACUCCAUAUGUCGAAAGUGACAUCAUGACCAAAGAUCAAGACGAUUUCACUAAACCCAGACAUACUUGACGUCAUUGCCGACUGCAAAUACCUCAAUAUUUUAUAGCGGAAAGUUUGCAUCCAGUUCAUCUUUAUUGUCUUUCAUUUCACUCAGUGUCGCCUCACGCGGUCUUGAAUCGAUCUUAUUACGUAAAUCGACAUCAUUCUUGACAAUGGAUGUUGUCAUUUUUCCAGAAGACAUGGUACAUCUUGAUGAUUUGCUACCUAACGGUGUUCCUUUGUUGUCGCUUGAUGUUCUGCAUCCAUUGAUGCGCGACGGUACACAGGUUAAGCUCGGCAAAGGAGCAUUCGGCGAAGUAUUGCUUUAUCAUCUUGGUGGACCUACUGGUGAACUAGCAGCUGUAAAAACCUGUAGAUUAGCAGAUACUGGGGAGAAAAUGGAAAGAUUAACUGACAAACUUCAAGUUAGUCUGGAAGCCAGAGCUCAGAUGUUGUUGCAUGCAGAAAGGAACGACGUGUUCCCACGGGUUUUCGGUACAUGUACCUUCGGCUCCAGUGACGGGAUCAUAAUGGAAUUUAUUGGCGAUCCUCUAAGUUUUCAAUCUGUAACAUUGUUCGACGCCAUUACUCACAACACCGUGGAACUUUCUGUAACUGAUGGACUCCAUAUUGCACUGGAUCUCGCGAAAGGAACCCAGACGAUGCAAAUGUUUGGCUUGAUUCAUAACGAUUUAGCAAGUAGGAACGUACUUCUCUACAAGCAUGACUCUCACUGGGCGGCAAAAAUCACCGACUUUGGUUGUGUCUGUGCAGCAUCAGCUCCAUAUGACUUCUUCAGACUGAACAAUACUCCGGCAGCUGAGAGAAAAAAGCUGAUUACUAAACAUCGUGAAUUCGCACCAGAGCUGUUCUAUCCAGAAUCACCACCAAGCUUUGCGUCUGAUGUAUAUAGCAUUGGAGUCAUAAUUGCCAACAUUGGCCGUCAUGUUGACUCGAAACUUUUAGUGUGUAUCGGUCAAUUAUGCUCCUCUGCAGAUCCGAGAGAAAGACCAAAUAUAGAUGAUAUUGUAGAUAACUUGGUUUCCAGAAUAUCAUAAUAAAGACGUGU